GUAUAGCACGUGUUAUUAUAACUACAUUUGUAUAAAUUUAUUAAUCACGUACUUUCAAUAUGUUUUUUUGAAAUUUUAAAUUUCUUGAACUUCUUUAUUGAAUAUUCCAUAAUUGGAAAAAUUAUAUUUGUAACACGAUAAAUACAUCUAACCAGAAUUGUGUAACCUGGUUAGACUGGUCAGAAAAUGGAGAACGAAGCACUAUCGUAUGAAGAGCCAAUCUUGGAACAACAAGACAAUGAAUAUUUGGAAAUAGUUGAAAGUCCACGGAGGAAUAUAAAUGGGAUAUCAAGCAGGAUGUACUUUGGCUUUGAUAUGCCACGAAUUCAGAAGAGAUCUGACAGAAAUCAGUACUUCAUGUUUUUUACCAUAGGGUGUGUGACUUCGGCAUGUAUUAUUGCUCCUUUGCUCGUUGCUUACAGUCCAUCAUCAAGACAAAGUGUUCAAAACGAAGAGAAAUGUGAAUAUUCCCCAUGUAUGAACAAUGGUCACUGUAUAAUCUUCAAUGGUUCCAACUUUUGUAUUUGUCCAGAAGGUUUCCUCGGCACUUCCUGUCAAAUUCAAGAUGAAUGUAUUUCAUCAAUACCAUGUCAUCAUGAAGGAACGUGUAUUACUACAGACAAUUCUUCAUAUUGUAUAUGUACAGAUGGAUUUCUCGGAAAGAAUUGUGAAUAUAGAGGUCCUUCAGGUUACCAGUUCUUCGUAGUGUUUAAUCCGAGACAGAGGGAAUCUACUCUUUACCUGUCAUCCCGGAAGCAUGGACAUUGUGAUAUCAUUUACCCGUCUUUUGAACAAACCAAAACGCUGACAUUGGAAGAAAAAUAUGUAACAUUUGAUCUGUCGAAUAAACAUUAUUUUGCUAACCAUUCAGAAAACAGUGAUUUCCAUGUUCGUAUUUUCUGUGACGUCCUCAUUACUUUAUUUCAUUUCGUCAGAGAUAGUUAUGGCUCAAUUUGGGAGUCAUACAUUGUGAUACCCUCUGCAUUGUUAUCUACACAAUAUGUUGUACCACAGUAUAAAACUCAGAAGAAGUUUGAUGCACUUGGAAUAAUAGCAAUCGAAGAGGAUACACAAAUCAAUGUUAGUUUUACAUCAGCACGGUGGAUCCUGAGUAACAUUACGUUUCGUCAGAGCAUUUACCAUAAGAGCCAGUUAUUGUCGUUUACAACAGAUCCAUACGUAUACAAUUAUAUAAGUUGCGAAGAGUGUUAUCUUACCGGAACGAAUAUUACAUCAUCUUAUCCAGUUGCUGUGAUGUUUAAAUCUUCCAUUACUGAGGUAGUUCCGGUCCUACCUUAUAAGGAAUUUGGUUGUCAAUUCAUAGUACCAAAACUUCAUGCUGAAAUAAAGACUAUGGGGCUAAGAAUAUAUGCACAUACAAGAACUAAACUGGAUUUAAAGGAUGAUAAUAAUGUAGUUUCUACUUCAGUAAUAGAUGCAAACAAUUACCAUAACACAAAUCAUAAGAACACUACGGCAAUAACGGCCGACAAAGAUAUAUUGUUAUUCCUUAAGAUUUACAGUCCUCAUACAGGUACUAUUGAUGUUAAUGUUCCAAGUGAUACACAAUAUUUACCUGAAUAUCAGUUUAUUAUUCCAGAAGGCACAAUGAAAAACAUUGCAACGUUUAUCGUCAAGUUAGGUUAUUUACAAGGUAUUCGGCUAAAUAAUAAUAUAAUAGAAUAUGACGGGUUUAACCAGAAAAUGACAAUUAAAUUAGAUACCCAUGUAUACCAGAUUUUCUCGGUCAAUGUUACAACCGGGUGGCACAUAGUUCAUCAUAUUGAACAUGUGCCGUUUGGAAUUUUAAUUCAAGGUAUUUCAAAUUUUCAAAACAAGCAAUUUUCAAGUCCUUAUGCUUAUUUUCCUGGUAUGAACUACAGCAUGUACAGUGUGGUUUAAAAUUAAUACGUAUACUCGUACUAUCUAGAACUUUAUUAUUUUCGUAUCUACUUAUCAGGUUUAGACCAAAUGCUUUAU